AUGGUUUCGCCAUGGAUAUGCAUUAGAUGCAUUCUGACAGUCACAAUGUUGGCAGGCUUUCUGGCAUUGGUCACAGAUAACAUGGCGCUUCCCAGAUCGAUGCAGGGUAUCUUCGUCGCCCAUAGCAAGGAGCAGGCAGCGAACAUGUGCAAAAUCGAAGAUCGCGGUUGCCUGAAGGCGGGCACUUGGGUACAAAUGUCGGGGCAACAAGAGCAGGAAAUCUUUCCUUUAUAUGAGGGCUGCUCUAAAAGAUUCUUUCACAUCUGUGCGAAGCCCAAUGCUGCAUGGAAGUCGUUGGGCUUCAAUGUCUCGGCGACUGGCGCGCAGGACUUUCGAAUGAGACGAUUGCUGUCUUGGCUCUGGGUGCCAGCUAAUGUUGGUUGCAGCUUGAGCAACAGGAGCUCCUUGCUAGAAGCCUUGUAUGGUCGGCGUGUGCUGUUGAUAGGAGAUUCAAUAACAAAGGAACAUUACGUCUCGCUGCGCUGUCUCGUUGGCGAUGUGGCAGUGAAGGAGGAACGUGAGCACCUGAAGCCGGAGCAGUCUGUUGUCUCUCUGCAUGGGGGCGGCUUCAUCCAAUAUUAUCGACUGAAUACUUUUGUGCAAGAAAGCACAGACGUCGUCACACCCGAUUGGCCUUCUCAGCUCGUCCACGAGGCUGAUGUUGUGAUUCUGAACACGGGUGCUCACAAACAUGCUCGGCUCAGGGAUGGACAGAAUAGGACGGCGGUUGCGGAAAUGGCCCAAACGGUUGCCAACACGUUGCAAUCGCAAAAUCAGCACGGCGUGUUUAUUUUCAGAUCACAUUUCCUUCCGCAUGCAAACUGUGAAGAGGUAACGGCUCCCAUCACUAGCCUGGACCGAGUCCCGAGGCUUACGCGAUUCAACUGGCACACUUUUGCAGAUCAAGACGAAGAGUGGCGAAACGUGUUCGAGCGCAGUGGUCCACGCUUUCUGUUUUACAACAUCACGUUGGCGACUAGUUUGCGGGCUGAUGCCCACACCGUCCUGUUAAAGACGCCUUCAAAGCGUGAUUGUCUCCACUUCUGCUUGCCUGGCGUCAUUGACCUCUGGUCUCUGUAUAUCAUUGCCGACGUUGUCCAGAAGCUGCGAAGUUGCCAGAGCGUCAAAGCGGCUUCCUUGGAGUCGAAGAAGAGUGUUCAGACCGUGGUUAUUUCUCAUUGCGACAAGCCGCUGGGAUGGAUCUUCAAGUAUGUCACCAGAAACGUCUCCAACGUGACCGUCGUCAGCAAAUGCAACCGACCAGUGGAAGGGGCUCCCCCUCAAGCUCGGAUUGUGCGGUCGCGCAACGUGGGCCGCUGCGAUCACACAUACGCGCAAUGGCUGGCGCAGCUGCAGAACCAGAUUCCGCCUGAUCGGCAAGCAUCUGACCUGGUACUGUUCAUAAAGGACAACGAUAUGUCUGCUCGCUCGAUCGAGCACGAGGUCGGUGACCAUGCGGUUCCAUUUGACGAAAUGCUGGCCGGUGCCACGGGAGCGUCGCGGUUCGCUUGUGGGCGUCGGAUGGGGAUUUUCCGGAAGGGGGGCCCCCGGGCCAGCAUCUUUCAUGUGAAAGCUCUGAUGGGCACCUUCCAGAUGGACGUCUACAACAGGACUGCGAGCAAGUUAGCAUCUUCUGAAGGGGAGCCCUUUAAGUCAAAGUACAGGAACCUGAUGGCCUGGAUGAAGGAUCUUGGGAUUGCCGAACUCUUCAAGAAUCAGACAAUCUUGCCGGCGUGCUACGGUGGCAACUUCCUGACGUCUUAUUCACAGGUGGUCCUUCCGGCUUCGAACAUCUGGCAGCGAAUAGAGACGUCUCUAUCCCGAUCCGACAGCAUCGAAGAAGGCCACUUUGCAGAAAGAUCCUGGGCCGCUUUGCUUUCCAGCCGGCUAACGCUGCAAGACGAGGUGAAGACCUUCAAGAGUCUCCGAAGGAUUCAAUUCCGGCCACCCCUGUGCGGAAUGAUCAUGGUGAACCCGAAGCUUUAG